GCAUGAUUAAAAGCAAAGCAAGUGUGUGUAGUGUGCAAAUCUAACUACAAAAAGAUUAAUUAAAAAAAUAUUUCAACUUAACAAACAAAAUUAAAGUUUUAAUUUUGUGGCAACUAUAUUUUGCUUUUCACGAACGACAUAAGAAAUCGGCGUUUUGGAAGAAGCGUGAAGUGCUGCAACAGAGAGUAUUCUAUCAAUGGAGUUCGAUCCGAUCCCAAUCGGUUCGUGCUCCAAAGAUCACCAAAACAUUUAUCAACAAUGGUUCAAUCACGCUGAUUCAGAUGGUGAUGGUCGCAUAACGGGAAAUGAUGCCACAAAGUUUUUCGCCAUGUCUAAUUUGUCUCGUCAACAUCUUAAACAGGUGUGGGCUAUUGCAGAUUCAAAGCGACAAGGUUAUCUAGGUUUCCAAGAGUUUAUCAUUGCUAUGCAGCUAGUUUCUUUGGCACAAUCUGGGCACCCAAUAACACAUGAUCUGCUGAAUAGUGAUGUUGAUUUGAAAAAUCUGAAACCUCCCAUAUUGGAAGGUUUGGAUGCAUUACUAGCUAAAAAAAAGCAUAAACAAAGCGAACUGGAUGUAAAUGGUAGUUCUCAAUUACAGCCAUCACCAUCAAGUAGUUGGUUUUCUUCGAAGUCCACAAAAAAGGUGCCACUUUCCUCCGUGACAUCAAUAAUUGAUGGCUUGAAGAGACUCUACAUUCAGAAGUUGAAGCCUUUAGAAGUUACUUACCGCUUUAAUGAUUUUGUCUCCCCAUUAUUGACAAAUAGUGAUUUUGAUGCCAAACCUAUGGUUAUGCUUUUGGGUCAAUACUCAACUGGUAAAACAACAUUUAUCAAACAUCUGCUUAAAUGUAGCUAUCCAGGUGCACAUAUUGGACCUGAGCCUACAACUGAUAGGUUUGUUGUUGUCAUGUCUGGACCUGACGAGAGAAGCAUUCCUGGAAAUACUGUUGCUGUCCAAGCAGACAUGCCGUUUAGUGGACUUACAACUUUUGGCACAGCUUUUUUGUCAAAAUUUGAGUGUUCACAAAUGCCUCAUCCUCUACUGGAGCACAUUACAUUUGUGGACAGUCCUGGAGUUUUAUCUGGAGAAAAACAACGAACACAACGAGCAUAUGAUUUUACGGGUGUAACAUCAUGGUUUGCUGCUAAGUGUGAUUUGAUACUCCUACUGUUUGAUCCUCACAAGCUUGAUAUUAGCGAUGAGUUCAAUCGCGUGAUAUCAUCCUUACGGGGACAUGAUGACAAAAUUCGAGUGGUUUUGAACAAGGCAGAUCAAGUUGAUACUCAGCAACUGAUGAGGGUUUAUGGAGCCUUAAUGUGGUCACUCGGGAAGGUACUGAACACACCUGAAGUCACUCGUGUGUAUAUUGGCUCCUUUAACGACAAGCCUGUAAAUGAUGCUGUCAGUGGUCCAAUUGGAAAGGAACUGUUUGAAAAAGAACAGGAAGACCUUCUUUCAGAUCUUAAAGAUAUACCAAAGGCGGCUUGUGAUCGAAGAAUCAAUGAAUUUGUAAAACGAGCCCGGGCAGCCAAGAUACAUGCUUACAUUAUCAGUCAUCUUAAAAAGGAGAUGCCUGCAAUGAUGGGAAAAGCUAAAGCUCAGCAAAAACUAAUUGAUAAUUUGGCAGGUGAAUUUGGAAAGGUACAAAGGGAGUUCCAUUUACCUCCUGGUGACUUUCCAAAUGUUGAGCAUUUCAGAGAGAGCUUGAGUGGUUACAACAUUGACAAGUUUGAGAAAUUGAAGCCGAAAAUGUUACAAGUAGUUGAUGACAUGCUUGCCUAUGACAUUCCUAACCUCUUAAAGAAUUUUAAGAAUCCCUAUGAUUAAAUUUAUUAGCACUUGAUCCAGUGAUGAGAUGAUUUAGUUGGAGUGACAUUUGUAGCAUGCUAAUAUCAAAGGAAUGACUAAAAUAGCUACUGAUAAUAAUGAUCCACAUAAAAGAGCUGCAUAGCCCAAUAUCAUCAUACUUACGUGCAUCAUUAGCCAAUGGGAUUGUAGAGCGGGUACUAAUAUUACAGAUUGAUGCAUUUUGGUUAAAAUAUCCUGUCAAAUAAAUAUAUGAUGGGUUAUUGAUGUAAUUAGUGUAAGUUCGUAUUGGAUCUUUAUGUAUUACACCCCGAACUCAUUCUUCUGUAAUAGAGUUGUAAUAGAGUUUUAAUGUUCAAACUUCAAAUAUGAACUUGGAAACACAAUUAUUGCUGGGUUAAACAUGUUCUAAUAAUAUAAGUGAAAACACAAUGAA